AUGUCGUGGAGAGAAAUGCGAAACUUUACAGAGAUGAUGAGAGAACUUGGAUAUACUCGCCUUAUAUCUUUAGAAAGCUUCCGAACCCCAAAUUUUCCUUUAGUAGCGGAAAUUCUGAGGUGGUUAGCCUUGCGUUUCGAUUCGAAUGCUGAAAUACCCAAAUUUUUGGACACCGAACAAGACCGCGUUAUUUUUAUCAAAGUAAUUGUCCAAUUCAUGGCGGCAAAGGCAUUUGUGAAAUUGAGUGCCAAGAGGCUGUAUAAAGCAGAUGGAUACGCGGUUAAAGAGAUGUUGAAAAUAGUCAACCUUCUACACUCCUCUCUGAAAUUUAGUAAACAAGCAGGAGAUGAUGAGCAGCUUGAUUUUAAUUUGGCAGAACUUUUGAGUGUUGAGCGGCUAAAGCAGCUUCAGCAUACUCGUUUCUUAGCCAGUCAGCUAACUUCGUCAGGUGCGUCUCUAUAUUCCCACAUGUCCCGGGAGGUUGACUUUCGUCAAGUUCGAAACGAAGCGGUUACUCGGCAGUUUGAUAUUGAAUUUGUUGAAAAGUGCCUUUCUGGAGCUUGUGAUGCAGUUCGAGAUGAAAUCGCCAAGACUGAAUUGGCUCUAGCUAACGUCCAAACCGACGAAACUAACUUAGAAGGGAAAAUUGAGAAAAAGCAUAGUGAACUGGAGAGAAAUCAAAAGAGACUUCUGACUUUGCAGUCUGUUCGUCCUGCUUAUAUGGAAGAAUAUGAACAACUUGAGGAAGAACUUAAUGUAUACUACGAAACAUAUCUCACACAUUUCCGGAAUUUAUCUUAUCUGGAAAAUUUGAAGGAGGAGUUUAUGCAUUCUGAAGACACCAAAAUUCAGGAGGAUGAUGCAGCUAUCAAAAGCGCUGCGGAAGAUCUGAGGAAAAUAACUGAUGGUGCAGAGAGCCUCCUUCACAUCACUGAUGGUGGCAUCGGCGAGAGUAUAUUCACAUUGAAAGGCAGUUCACUUCAGAGGAAGAAAAACGGUGCGACUGAGUUUAGCAAUGCAAAUGCAGGAUCCGGUCUUGGGUUGAGCGAAAAUUCUGAGGGUACUGAAUCAAAUAAAUCGAACUCGGACAGUGACGAUGGGGAAGAUAUAGAUGAUCAGGAGGGGUCCUCCACCUCUUCCGGUUCAGUCACCAGCGAUAGUGAAACGGGGAGCGUAAUCACUGGUGAUCAUGGGCACGAUGCGAACGACAACGAAGACGUCAUCAAAGGGCUCAGCAUUGUUGGCACUGGUUAUCGAAUGUCUGGUACGUGGUCACCUGGUCGUGCCAGAGGUAAUGUUCAUGGCGAGGCAGCAGGCGGUGGCAUCGGUGCUGAUCCUUUUAGGAUGGCUGUUGUUAAUAAUUCUUCCACACUGAAAUCAAAUGGAAGUGUGAAUUCACGACAUGGAGUGGACAGAGCCCUUGCUGAGGUGCUGGCAGAAGCGAAGGCUUUGGCAGAAGGCGUUGAUUUGGCAAAUGCAGUGGCAGAAGAAGGAAAGAGCGGGACUUACCGAAGCCAUGUCUCUUCCUCUCGCAUUACACGAAUUCCUGAAGAGGAGGAGGAGGAGGAGGAGGAAGAAGAAGAGAUGGUGGGUGAGGAGGAAAUUGAUGGAAAAGAAGAUGAUCCUGACGAUUUUUGA